AUGUUUUAUAAAUUAAAAUUCUUCUUUUCUUAAUUGAAAUUCAAUCCAAAUAAGAAUUACUAUCAGACACUUAAUCUCACAAACAAAGCAACUUAAGAUGAAAUUAAAAGUGCUUUUUACAAUUUGGCUAAAUUACAUCAUCCAGAUAAGAAUCCUAAUUCAGUUGAACUAUUUAAGGCAAUUAAUGAAGCAUAUGAAGUGCUUAAAAAUCCUAUCACAAAAAAGGAAUAUGAUGAAAUUUAAUCUAAUCCUAUAAAAUAUUAGAAGUAAAAAUAUGAGAGACAAUAUUAUUAAUAAAAUUGUAAUAAAAUAUUGGAGUUUUAGCUUAUAAGGAAUAUGAUAUAAAUGAAGAAUAAUUUAGAAAAAUGUAUGAUGAAUAUAAGAAACAAUAAGCAUAUAAAUAAUAUCAUUUUUAUUCAAGUUCAAGAUAUGAUUAUUAAGAUCCAUUCAAAUCAUAUAGCAAGUAUAUGAAAGAUGAUUAAUUUGUAAUUAUUUAUUCACAAUUUAUUUUAUUAGGAUAAUUAUUCAAAUCCAAAUUAAACUACCAGAUAUUUAUUGAUAUUUAUGAUGGCAGCAUCUGUUUUUAUUUUUUCAGAAUUUUUAGAUCUAUUUGCAAAUAACAAAAAAGUUAUUUUGAUUGAUUAAAUUACAGGAUAGUAAUAUGUAACAACAAGAUAAGAGUUGAAAAAUUAAUAAUCAUACAUCAGUAGAGAACGUUAGGAAUAUGAAAGAAGAAAAACAGAAUUUAAAAUAAUGUAAUAGGAAGAUUUGAGAAAGAUUCGAUAGAGAAAGCUUCAAUAAAUCGUAGAUAACUGAAUCAAUAUAAAAACUUAUCAGCAAG